AUGUCUGCCGCUGGUCCUUCAGCCGCUCCUGCAACUCCGAGCUACCCCAUGCUGACGCGUAUCCCCGGCAUGGGCGCCUCCAUCCAACUCCCUCCCUCAAAUGAUGGCACGCCGGCAAUCACAAUCCACUUUGAGAUUGGAGGCGGCACUAUCACCCUCCCAGAUGGGCGCCAAAUCACGUACAGCCCCCAGGGAGCACAGCUGUACCCCACUGCGCAGCCCGUCCCGCUGGUCAACGAGCAGGUCGCCCGGCAGCACGGCGUCACUGAUUCCAAUUUCAGCACCCGUGCGUCGGAUUCUGAGGUUCCAGACGUAAAUUCAGAGAUGAUGGACGUGGGAAACUUGGACGGCGAUGUUGAUGCGGACAUUGAGGACUGCACCGAUGUCCCUUUCUCGGAUCAACGUGUCCUUCAGUGGCGUACGUCGGUUCCACGCGGGGAGCUGAACGCUCCAUAUCCAGCUUUCGAAGACCAGAGCAUCGCUACUGAGAGCGGUGGAACGCAUUAUGGUUCGCCCAGCACUGUCUUGAGUGGUGGGAGCACGAUUGGUGCUGAAGAGGAGAACUCGGUCGGUGACGAGACGGCGCAUGACAGGAACGUGCGUUACUACGACCAGUUGCUGAACUCCGAAGAGGACACAACCGAUGAGGGCGCAACCGAUGAGGACGCGGGUUACAAGGGCGGAAACGAGGAGGACGAGAUUGACGAGGCCAGCGCGUCCAGUUACGAAGCUCACACCUCAUCCUCAUCGUCUUCCGCCACGGUCAUCGCGCCAAACCGCAAGACCGCCAGCAAAAAGCACGCAGCUCGCAAGAAUGCGUCACGCAAGAACUUGGCCGACGACUCUUCUUCAACUUCGUCGCUAUCUUCUCCCCCUUCGUCGAUGUUAUCCACUCCCACGAUCGUCGCGCCCACCCGUAGGGCCAAGCAGCCCGUCCGAUCCGACAGGGCGUCCCACCCCGACACCACCGACUCCGAGCCCGUCGUUGUCCCAGUUCGCCGGAAGCAGGAGUCUAAUAUCGUGCGGCUCAAGCGGUUCAAGCGCCAGCAGGCCGAGGCUAGGGCGCUUCGGUCCAGCAAUCCCAGCCCUGAGCGCCGCCCCGAUGCUGAAAACAACGGCUCCGAUUUGGACGCCGAGUUCGAGGGCUCUUUGGAACCAGAGACGGAGACUGAGACUGGGCCUGCGUCUGAGUCAGAAGAGCGCUCGGAGUACGAGCCGGAUGAUGACGCAGGAGAUGAAUAG